AGUAGUUUCAGAAAACUUUCUCCGGACGUGGUGGAGGCUCUCUGCUUUAAUUUUAUUGAACAGCCCUUACACACUUCCGCGUAGGCGGGAUUGACUUUGCCUGUGCGUAUCACUUCGACGUUGUCAAGACGGAAUCUGCAAAACGCAGUUGAGCUCUUCCUUCAUCGGCUGUGUGGUGCUCUCCACCAUCUCUUUAGCAGGGACGCAACGGGGCCUCGCCAACCCAACAACGUGGCUUUUCUUCCACCUCUAUGUAUACCGUCUGUGCUGCGUGCAGUUAUUAGGUUCUUACGUUCACCUUUACUUUACUCGUGAUAUUUUUCCCAAUAAAAGAAAAGUGUUAAACUUACCAUAUAUCUUUUUCUUUUUAAUUGCUAUUAUUAUUAUUUUUUCCUUUAACUCCACAUUCGUUCGGCACUCCUUUGCUCCUGGCAACGCGGUCGGGGCUGAUCGUUCUGCCUAUCUCUUACUCUUCCUGCCGGGUCGCGACCUUUUACUUCUUCUUUCUGGUCUGUCUGUCUGUUUCUCUGUCUGUCUGUUUCUCUGUCUGUCUGUUUCUCUGUUUGUCUGUCUGUCUCUGUGUGUGUGUGUGUGUGUGUGCAAAGCCUCUUUGCUUGGUAGUGAGUUUUAUUUCCUCUUCGCCUAUCAAGACUGCAGGAGUCCAAAAGACUCCCUCCACCUUCUUUCUAUUCUUUCUCCCCUUGUAGAGGGUUCGCGUGCGCAUCGGCACCGUCUGUCGUUGCAGCUGCCCACUAGUAUCUCCCAAGAGGGGGAAAAGGAAUCGAAUUGUCUCUUUAUUUUCUUCUUCGUAUUUCUUUUCAUCGACGACAUCAGUCAGUCGCUGCUGUUUCUUUUUGUUUUCGGCUCUCAUUUGGGUUGCGUCCUGCGGUGCAACAGCGGCCUCUUCCUCCUCCCCUUCCAUUCCCCUCCGCACAUUAUUAUUAUUGUUAUUAUUGCUGUUGUUAUUCCUGAAGUGAAGCGCAAAUAUGGGACGUCGCACUUCCGAUGAGGGCUCGCGCAGCUCCUCCAGCGGCAGCGAGGAGAGCUACGGCGGCCGCCGCUUUGCCACGGGCGGCAACUUCUUCGACCAGAUCUUCGCCAUAUUGUAUCGCACCUUCCAGCAGACCUGGCGCACCAAGUCCAUUAUUAUCACCGAGGUACUGCUGCCCUUCAUGUUUAUCGUCAUCACGCUUAUCCUCUGGGCUGUGUGGCUGCCGUUCAUGGGUGGGUCUCGGCAGUUUAUCUCCAACGUGCCCGGCGUGAACGCCUACGCGACGCUGUACAAGCAGAUGACGUGCUACAACAAGUCACUCGGUCCACCCAUCCCGGGUUUGUGUGACUGCAACAUGAUCGUCCGCUUCGUCAACAUCGAGUGCAGCGGGGACCACUCAUCCCUUCCGUACAAGAGCCUCUGCUACGUCAAGAUAGACUUCGACUUUAGCAAGUACAGCAUGGCCGGCUACUCGAUUGGCAACAUUACAGGGGCCAACGUCCCGGUGCAGCUGUGGAUUAACGCGUACAACGCCUCGCUGUGGGUCGUGCCGACGCUGGACGAGGUCAUCGUCUUUCACUGGCUGGCGCGCCUCGGCAUGUCACAGAAGCAGUCGACUACGGGCAGUCUGCUCGCGGCGGGCAUCUCGGCGGGCCUGCUGCCCAACUCGAAGCAGUCCUCCAUCAACUGCUUUGGCGAUUUGUACUUCGUCGGCACGCCGGCCGCGGUGAACCCGCUGCUAGACUUCAUUCGCAACAACUCCCUCCUCUUCAACGACGUCUACGGCGGCACUUUCGCCACGGCAGCCGAGGCGGAGGCCCGAGUGCGGGCGAUGGCGUGGAAUUGGGCUAUCAUUGAACUGAACGCUUUCGAUGCGGACAACUUCGACGUGAACAUCCGCAUGAACUCCACCGCACUGCCCACCUUUCAGCUGCCCUACGACAAAAGCUACGGCGGCGGCUACUACGACAGCCGCGCCGACCUCUACGCCACGGCCGGCUACCUCUCGCUGCAGCAGCUCAUCACGGAGCACUACCUGACCAACGUGGCGGACGGCGGCAACGUGGUGACGGACCUGCCGGUGGACCACUUUAUGGGCAGCGCCGGCUACGUUCCGUACAUCACCCAACCGCUGCUGUCGACGGCCGGCAUUCUGCUGCCCCUUAUUUUCGUCAUGGCGUACCUCUACCCCGUGUCACAGUUCACGAAGCGCAUUGUGCUGGAGAAGGAGCUACGCAUUCGGGAGGCGAUGCACAUCAUGGGCCUCGGCAACGCACCGAUAUACAUUUCCUGGUACAUCACGUUCUUUUUGCCGAACUUCAUCACGUCGGUCAUCUCCCUCAUUGUGAUUCGCCUGACGUACAUCACGAUCACGAACGUGCUCAUCUUGUUUCUCAUUUACUUCCUUUACAUCGCGACGUGUGUACCGCUGGCAGGCUUCUACUCUGCCUUCUUCAACAAGGCGCGUCUCGCCUCCCUGCUGACGCCGCUGAUUUACUUCGUCUUCGCCAUGCCGGCCUUCGCCAUUCAGAGCGCCAACACGGCCAUCGUCACCGUCUUCUGCAUCUUUCCACCUACCGCGUACGCCGUGGCGAUGCUCGGCAUCAUCAAUCAUGAAAUCGCUGGUGGCUUUUCAAAACAAGACUGGCAGUACCCACUUGACACCCCGCCGGUGUAUCUCGCCGUCAUUAUGAUGUCAGUGGACUUCGUCUUUUUCAAUUUGCUGAUGCUCUACCUCGACAACGUGAUGCCGAAGGAGUGGGGCACGCCGAAGCACCCGCUGUUCUUCAUUCUGGACCCCAUCGACUGGUGCUUCCAGCGCAAGCACAAGCGGCUGGAGGGCGGCCCCGACGGCCGUGCGGAGAACGGCGUGUUCGAGACGACGGACUACGCGGACGACGUCGUGUCGUUCGACGGCCUGCGCAAGGUCUACUCCCGCGCCGGAAAGAAGUUUGUGGCGGUGAACAACCUGUACUGGGGGAUGCAGGAGGGCGAGAUCUCCGUGCUGCUGGGCCACAACGGCGCCGGCAAGACGACGGUGCUGAACAUGAUGACGGGGAUGGCCGAGCCGGACGAGGGCGACUGCUACAUCUACGGGCACUCUGUGCGCACGGAGCUCGACAAGGUGCGUCAGCAGAUCGGUUACUGCCCGCAGCACAACAUCCUGUGGUCGGAGCUGACGUGCCGCGAGCAUCUGGAGUUCUACGGACGCAUCAAGGGGCUGAAGGGGUGGGAGCUGGAGGACGCCGUGUGCCGCAUGCUGUUCGAGACGGAUUUGCUGGAGAAGGUGGAUCAACCGGCGAAGAGCCUCUCCGGCGGCCAGAAGCGCAAGCUUUCUGUCUCCAUUGCCUUUGUCACCUGCAGUCGUCUGAUCUUUCUCGACGAGCCGACGGCUGGCAUGGAUGUCGGUGCGCGGCGCUACACGUGGGAGCUACUGCGCCGCAUGUCCGCUCACCACACCAUUCUCCUGACGACGCACUACAUGGACGAGGCGGACUUGCUGGGCCAUAAGAUCGGCAUCAUGAGCCAAGGCUGCCUUAAGUGCUCGGGUAGCAGCAUGUUUCUGAAGAGCAACUUGGGCGUGGGCUACAGCAUCACCAUGUCCCUCCGCGACGAUGCACGGGUGCGCAAACUCACGAGGCUCGUGAAGGCCUCCGUCGACGGUGCUCUCGAGAUGGGUGUGAACGGAUGCGAGGCGAUGUACCGGCUGCCGAACAACGCCGUCGAACAGUUCCCCGCCUUUCUGGAUCGUCUUGAGGCGGCACAGGAAAAACUGGGCGUGCGCGGCUACUCGCUCUCGGCCACGACGCUCGAGGAGAUCUUUCUCAGCGUGUCGCAGGAGGACAUCGACCGCGACCGCAAGGACGACCCACUGAUGCAGCAAGAUCCCCGCAUCAUCGCGAAACAGGAGGACCUGAUCUGGAACUGCGAAAUUGUUGAAGGGCGCAAGGCGAUGCUGUGGUCGCAGUUCAAGGCGAUGAUGUCGAAGCGGCUGUGGAACGGGAUGCGAGACCGCAAGAUGCAGUUCUUCCAGAUUGUGUGCCCGGUUAUUUGCAUCUUGAUUUCAAUGCUGCUGUCUCUGAUUUCGAUGGACGGGCCGGAGACGAUCACGCUGAACCACGCGCUCUACCCAGACAGCGUUGCGGUAGACAUGAACGGCUGCAACGAGCUGCUCGGCGUCAACGCUAGCUUCGACGACUUUGCCGUCCGCCACUACAACUUCCAGACGGGGCGAAACCUCUCCAUGUACAUGGUGGACUCUUUCCUGGUGCAACCGAUGACGCGUGUGGAGGGGGUGGUGUGCAAUGACCCCGAGUGGAGCAAGGUAAUGUGGCUCCGCAACAACGUCAUGCACAUCAUCAACUCCUCCACCUACCACCAGGGCCCCAUCUCGAUGAACGCGGUGUACCAGUCGCUGCUGGAGAAGCACACAAACAGGAGGCGGCAGUUUACGCUGCGGGCGGGCACGAUGCCACGAACAGUCAACGAGCGAGUGUCGCAGGACGCCAUCAAGACGAUUCUGAUGGGCGCCAUCAUUAUGAUUCCUUUUACCUUCCUGCCGUCGAACGUUGUCGCGUGGGUGGUGAAGGAGCGGGAGUGCAAGGCGCGGCACCUGCAGAACGUCUCUGGACUCAGCUUCUACGUCUACUGGCUCACGAACUUCCUCUUCGACAUAGCUGCCUACGUCCUUACUAUGUGUCUGGUGCUCGUCAUCUUUGCCUGCUUCAACCGCAGCGAAUACAUCGCCAAUGACCGGAUCGGCGCCAUUUUUGUGCUCUUCUUCAUCUACGGUCUCUCGAGCACCACAACGGGGUACAUGUGCAGCUUCUUCUUCGAGGAGCACUCCAACGCGCAGACCAUCGUGAUGGCCGUCAGCUUCGUCGUUGGCUUCCUGCUCGUCAUGAUCGUCUACAUCAUGUCCCUUCUCUCGCAGACGCAGCAGGUGGCGGAGAUUCUCAAGUGGAUUACCCGCAUUGUCCCCAGCUUCGCGAUUGGAGAGGGCAUCAUCAACAUGGCGAUGCUGACGCAGAAGCGCCUGGUCGACGACAAGCUGACGCCGUGGUCGAUGGAAACGACGGGGUGGGCGGACUUCUACAUGGCGAUCGAGUUCCCCUUGUUCUUUGCGAUUACCCUCUUCAUUGACCACCCACGCCGACGCAUGUGGGGUCAGAAGCACAGCUACGACGCGGAUGCCGAGCCGCAGGAGGUGAGCGACGAGGACUCGGACGUGGAGGAGGUCCGUCAAAGUGUCUACGAGCAGGAGGAGAAGGGCGUGAACGACGACAUGGUGCGCGUGGUGGACCUGCGCAAGGUGUACGCAAACGGCAAGGAGGCUGUCCGUAACCUGACCUUCUCCGUGCGGCCCGGCGAGGUCUUCGGCUUCCUCGGCACGAAUGGCGCUGGCAAGACGACGACGAUAUCUAUCUUGUGUCAGGAGUUCAUAGCGACGAGCGGCGUGGCCUACAUCUGCGGCUACAACCUCCUCGAGAACAGUGCGGAGGCGCUGCAGUGCAUUGGCUACUGCCCGCAGUUCGACGCCACGCUGGACCUGCUGACGGUAGAGGAGCACAUGUAUCUCUACUCCGGUGUGCGUGGGAUCAGCUACGCGGAGCGCGACGGCGUCGUAGAUGCCCUCCUGCGCAUGUGCGAGCUGUCGGUGUACCGCAAGACGCUGUCGGCGCAGCUGUCCGGCGGCAACCGGCGCAAGCUCUCGGUCGCCCUGUCCUUGAUUGGCGGGCCGAGCGUGGUCUUCCUCGACGAGCCGUCUGCCGGCAUGGACCCGGUGGCGCGGCGUGGCCUGUGGAAUGCGAUUGAGAAGGUGGCGGACAACAGCUCCGUCGUGCUGACGACGCACCACCUGGAGGAGGUGGAGGCACUCGCCCACCGCGUCGCCAUCAUGGUCGAUGGCACCCUGCGCUGCAUAGGCGACAAGACGCACCUGAAGAACAAGUUCGGCACGGGCUUUGAAAUGAGCAUUCGGGUGGAGACGGAGGACGACAUGGAGGAGUUGCACGUGUGGGUGAAGCAGCACUUCCCGGCCGCGACGCUGAACGAAUACAAAGGGCGGCGCUUCGUCUAUACCCUGCCGGCCGAUGUGACCCUGUCGGAUGUGUUCCGCUUGCUGCAGGCAAAUAAGACGCUCCUGCACAUCAUCGACUACAGCGUGUCGCAGACGUCAAUUGAACAGGUCUUCCUGCGGAUCAGCGGUGAGUUGGAAGAGGCCACCGCCUUCCGCAACACCCUAGAGGAUGCCCUGUCUCUCAAUAGCAAGAAAACAUCCAACUCUGAUGACGCUGCGUUCAACGAUCAGACAUCGUGGGCGUCCUCUUCCUCUGAAUCGCCGUGA